AUGGAGACAAUGCUUCUCAGGAACAUCGAGCCCAACAGUCUGACGCUCAACUUGAUCCUCCACGCUUUCUGCAAGGCGGCACGGCCCGAGGAAGCGCUCGGCAUCGGAGAUGGGAUUCUGCCCGACCAUCGUCACCUUCAACGCGCUGCUGGAGCUGUUCUGCAACACCGAUCAGAUGGACAGCGCCGCCAAGCUCCUGGAAACGUUGGCGCGCAGCAAGUGCAAGCCAAACUUCGUGACUUACAGCAUCAUGGUCCAGAAGUUUGCGGAGAUGGGGAGAAUGGUGGAAGCUCGAGCGUUCCUGGAGCAGCUGGUGGUAUGUGGCUACACUCCCAAUCUCCUGGUGUGCAAUGCCUACGUCGCGGACUUUGCAAAACCGGUGAGAUGGAUCUAGCUUCCAGAUUUCUCACGGUGAUGGCGGAGGAGGGGUGCCGAGCAAACACUGCGACUUACAACAGCCUUGUGGAGGGGUUUUGCAAGCUCGGCAGGAUGGACGAGGCGGAGAGGGUCCUCGAGGAGAUGAUCGCCGAGGGCAGCCUUCCGGACUCGACCGACAGCGUUUUGAUCCAGGGGCUUUGCAGCGCUGGACAGAUCGAGCACGCGUUCAUGGUGAUGUUCCAAGUUACUCGGGCGGUGGAGUCAGCGAGACCGGAUCCAGCCUUUGUCAAGCCGAUAGAGAAGCUGUGUGAAUUUGGACAGGGCCGCUCGUGUGCUCGAGAGAAGAGUUUCCUGUAUAUCAGUUUAAUCUAA